AUGUACGUCAGCUCGCUCUUGGAGAAGGAGCCCAGCAUGUACCCAGGAUCUGCCAGGGCCAACAACAACCUGCCCGUGCAAAACUUCGUGUCUGCUCCAGCCUACUCCGACUACAUGGGAUACCACCCUGUGCCAGGCCUGGACACCCACGGGCAGGCGGCGCCGGCCUGGGGCUCCCACUACGGCCCCCAGCGCGAGGACUGGAGCGCCUACGGCCCAGGCCCUUCCAGCGCCGUGCCCGCUGCCCACAUCAACGGCUCGUCCCCUGGCCAGGGCUCCUACAGCUCUGCCGACUACAGCUCCCUGCACCCCGCUGCUGCUGCUGCAGCCUUACCUCCUGUAGAUACAAUUAAUGCCCAGCAAAUCUCUCCCAACAGCCAAAGGCACAGCUCUUACGAGUGGAUGAGGAAAACGGUGCAAACCAACACUGCUGGUAAAACAAGAACAAAAGAAAAGUACCGGGUUGUUUAUACAGAUCACCAGAGACUGGAAUUAGAGAAGGAAUUUCACUGCAACAGAUACAUUACAAUCAGGAGGAAGUCAGAACUCGCAGCAAACCUGGGACUCUCCGAAAGACAGGUGAAAAUCUGGUUCCAGAAUCGCCGAGCAAAAGAGAGAAAAAUGAUCAAGAAGAAAAUCUCACAGUUUGAUGGCAGCGGGGGCUCUGCUCAGAGUGACUCUGGUUCACUCAGUCCAAAUGAACUGUCAAAUACUCUGUUCCCACCACCACAUGGAAUAAAUGGAUUACAGCCUAAUGACAUUCAUCAAGUCAUAGUUUCAGAAUGA